AUGUGCAAUUGCAGUUGCAGUUGCAAAUUUAUGUGCAAUAGUCGGUGGAUUUGUAUUAGCAAUUCAGUUGCAUUAAUUGUUCAAAGUGCAGUUGCCGGGGAAAAUGCAUUUUCUGUAGCAAUUCCAUUUACAGGUGCAGUUGCUGCUGUUAUUGCAGUUAAAGUUGCAUAUGCUGAAGCAUGUGAAAAUGCAGUUGCAGUAUCAGUUUUUUUUGCAGUUGUAGGGGCAGUUGCAGUUGAAGUUGCAGUUUUAGUUGCAUGUGCAGUAGCAGGUGCAUGUGCAGUAGCAGAUGCAUGUUCAGUUGAGUUUGCAGUUGCAGAUGCAAAUAGAGUAAAUGCAACUGCAGAUGCAACUGCAACUGCUACUGCACAUGCAUCUGCAGCUGUAACUGUAUAUGCAACGGCAUCUGCUACUGCAACAGCACAUGCAACUGCAAAUAUACAUGAAAAUGUUACUGACUUAGCAACUGCACAUGCAACAGCAACUGCACAUAAAACUUCUACUGCACUUGCAACUAAAAAAAACUUUUUCACAAAACCCGCUGGAGUAGCGAUUUGGCCGUCGGUUGAACAUGUAUCUUUAACUGAUUAUAAAACUGCAACUACAAUAGCUACUGCUACUGCAAUUUCAAAUGCGACAGCAAGUGCACAUGCAACUUUACCUGCAUAUGCCACUGCUACUGAUUCUGCAACUGCACUUCCUACUGCAACCGCAUAUAAAAAUGCACAUGCUACUUUAACUGCAACUUUAAUUGCACAUGAACUGCAACAGCACAUGGCAACUGCAAAUACACAUGCAACUGCAAAUACACAUGCCACUGCAGAUUUAACUUUAACUGAAAUUCCACAUGCAUCUGUAACUGUACCUGCAACUGCACAUGCAUCUUUAAGUGCACAUGUAGAUGCAACAGCAACUGCAACUACGACAGUAACUGCAUCUAAAACUGCCACUGCAACUGCAAAUGUAACUGCACAUGCCACUGCAACUGCACAUGCAAUAGCAAAUGCUUAUGCGUUUGCAACUAAAACUGCAAAAGCUCCUGCAAUUGCUACUGCUCAUCCAACUAAAACUGCACAUGCUACUUCAACUGUCACUGCACAUACAACAGCAUCUGCCACUGCAUAUGCAAUUGCAACUGCACAUGCAACUGCAAAUGUUGCUGUACGUUCAACUGCACAUGCUACUAUAAAUGCAACGCAAACUGCAACUACCCCUGCGAAUGUACCUGCAACGGCGCCUACAACUUUACAUGGAAGAUUAACUGAACAUGCAACGGCAACUGCACAGGCAACUGUAUAUGCAUCUGCAAUUUUACAGGCAACAGUAUCUGCAAUCGCAACUGCAACAGAAAAAGCAAUCGCACAUGCAGCUGCAACUGCAAAC